CCCUUUGCUGUGGCCACCCGUGCUCGGUUGCGCACAUUCCAGCGCGUGUUGUGCCAUGCCUCAUUUCCCGUCCUUGGCCCUAGUCAACUCCGCCGCAAGCAAGCUGGCCUCCGUGCUUGCCUGCCUGCCUGCUUGCUUGCUGCCUCUCCAACCCGAUCGUGUCUUCACUACCUUCACGGCGCGAAGCUUCGCCAACUGUGCCCAAGGCCCAACUCCUGAUGCACAAGCCUUUCUUUACAACGACGACUUACGCAACAAUGAAUCGACAACUCGACGUCGUGCGAGUACACCUCCAACAGUACCAGUACGACGGGGCCAUGACCGACUCAAGUCCACACCGCCAGCCCCCGUCACACCAAGGAUCGACACGCCCGCCCACACAACCGUCAUGAGGCACACUCGCUCGUCAUAUGCUAUGCACGUCCGUCACCUCGACCUCUCGUCCUCGACACCACAACUAUUUCGGACUGCUCCGUCUGCGCAAUGCCAACCUCGGACAGAUUCGACACCAAACAUCUCCCUGGAGCAGUGCCUGGCUCUCUACUGCAGGACACCGGGUCGUCAUGCCUCGCCAUUUCGGAAUACACAUACAGCCCGCACGAAGCCGAGCCAGGCGAAUACCGCCGAGAACACGGGAGCUGUUUCAGCAAGUGGGCUUGCUGGGCGACUCUUACGCAUAGCAGACCAGCACGGCCAGGCUUGCCUUAGCCUCUGCUGACCACCCGGACCCGUCUGUAUCCGCUCCCAACCCCUCUUCAGCAGGCCAAGGAGAGACCCGGUCACCGUGCGAACUUCGCGACACGAGCAAACCUUGAAACAGCUUCCCUGACAGCGG